AUGUGGUGUACUCAUGAGGGUUUUCUGGAUCAAGUUCGUGCUUCCUGGGCCUUGCCGUUGGACUGUCUCUGCCCGAUGGUUAGGGUGAUGAAAAAGAUGAAGCGCCUUUGGCCGAUUCUCAAGACUUGGAAUAGGGACACCUUUGGGAAUUACAAUGUCGCUCUUGCCGAGCUUCAACAGGAUCUGAGCUCUCUUCAAGAGAGUAUUGAUGAGAAGGGCUACACGGACGACCUGUUUGACCAGGAGGUCAAUUUGCAAGCUCGCAUUGGCUCUGUCCUUCUUCGCAAAUCCGAGCACUUGCGGAAUAGCGCCCCCGGCCCUGACGGUUUUAACGGAGCUUUCUUCCAACAUUCUUGGGAGGUAGUGGGAAAGAAUGUUGUUGCCGCUGUCUGUCGGUUCUUCACGCAUGGCUAUCUCCCUCAUGGCCUCAACUCCAAUCUACUUUGCCUUCUUUCCAAGAAGACUGAUGCUGUGCUGGUCUCUGAUUUCCGUCCUAUUGUGCUGGGAAAUUUCUUCUUUAAAGUCAUUACCAAGAUUUUGGCCUCUCGCCUGAAUAUGGUGGCGGCUGUCAUUAUCUCAGCAAAUCAGUUGGGGUUUAUCUCUAGGCGCUCUAUUCAGGAGUGUAUUCUGCUUGCUUCUGAAGGGGUUAAUUGCAUGGAGCGAUCGAUCCAGGGAAGGAACAUGGCCCUGAAAGUGGACAUCAGGAAAGCUUUUGAUACUCUGAGCUGGGAUUUCAUGGAGACUAUCAGAGUUAUCUUCCAAUCGGCUCGAAUUUCUAUCCUCUUCAAUGGGGAACAACAUGGUUUCUUCGGCUACUCUCGCGGGGUUCACCAGGGUGAUCCUCUAACGCCGGUUUUGUUUGGUUUGGCUGAAGAAGUCUUGAGUCGCCUUCUCCUGGAUGCUGCUGACAGGGGUUUUAUUGCUCGAAUGAGGAUAUCUCAUUCCCUACUCUUCCAUUCUCAUCUUCUGUAUGCUGAUGAUGUCCUUUUGUUUUGUAAAGCUACGAAGCGCAGUUGCAGGAUGAUUGAUUCUAUUCUCCAGAUCUACGCUUCUGUUUCAGGACAAUUCUGCAAUAAAGCCAAAUCCACAAUUUUCUUUGGUAGAGGGGUGCUUGUUCAGUUGAAGCGUCGGCUGCAGCGGGAUUUGGGGUUCUCCAUCAGAUCUCUGCCUUUCGUUUAUCUAGAUAACUGGUUAGGGUAUCGGCUGGUGGACAGAAUCGGGAUUCCUGCUAAUGUUUAUCAGACUCUCAUGCAGCCUAUCUCGAAUUAUUUCUUUGAUGGUUCUUGGCAUUUUACUCUGGACUUCUUGCAGACUUUCCCGGACCUCGCUUUUGAUAUCGUGUCGGUUCCUAUUGGUGAUGGGGAGGAUCAUCGGGCUUGGAUUCAUUCUCACUUUGGAGAAGUUUCUGCCGCACUCGCUUUGGAUCAUGUCCGCCCCAGCUUUCCUUUGGUUGAUUGGGGCAAUUGGAUCUGGGCUCCGUUCAUCCCGACGCGCCGUUCCAUUGUGACUUGGUGCGUGAUUCUGGGGCGUCUCUCUACAGCCAGCUCGCUGCGUCAUUCUGGCUUCAUUGGUCCAAGCUGGUGCCCCCUUUGCCGGAAUGCGGAUGAGGAUAUUGAUCACCUCUUCUGGGAUUGUGAUAUCGCUAGACAUGCCUGGCACUAUCUUUUCCUCUGGUUCGGUGUUGACGCUCCGUUGAUUCACGAUAUUGGGAGUUUGAUCCUUUGGGCCAUGAAGAGGCCGGCUAGCAAGCAGGUGGAUAAUCUUUGGAGGGUUGGGGUUAUGUCUGCCGUUUGGAGCAUCUGA